AUGUGGAUAUCAGAAUUUAUUUUAUUUUUUUACAUAUAUUGCUUGACCCUCAGGCAGAUAAAGGGGAACUGUGCCGAGUCCUUCACAGAGUACUGGACCUGUCUGGAUUACUCUAACCUGGCUGAGCUGCGCCAUUGCCGCAAGCAGCAGAAGGAGUUUGAUAACUGUGUGCUGGAGAAGCUGGGCUGGGAGAGGCCAGAGCUGGGAGACCUGUCCAAAGUGACCAAGGUGGCAACCUCUCGGCCCUUGCCUGAAAACCCCUACCUUUCAAGACCAAGACCUGAGCCCAAUACUCCAAUUCAGGCUGAGCUACAGCCAUCCAAGCACGGCAGCCGCUUGUUCUUCUGGAACUGGUAAAGAGGGGCCAUCGCUGUCCUAUUAAUAUCAUAUUCACCAUCUACGUGCUUCUGACCAGACGAGAGACAGUGUGCCAGUGGUUGCACUGUAAUCCUUAUGUAUUGUGUAGAAAUGUUAAUAAAUUGUUCAUUCAAAACAUGUUAUCGAAUUAAAAAGAUUUAAUUUAAA